AUGCAGAAAAAACGUGGUAGCGAUACAAUUGAAUUAGUUGGAAUUACACAUCAAGAUGGUGGUGUUCCAAUAACGUUUGACUCAAAAAAUGUAUGUAGCAAAUUGCAUCCGAUCCCAAACAGAACAGACAGUGUGGCAGUACCAGUCGACUUAGUGAGAAAAAAUUAUCGAGUGGUAGAAAGUCAAAAUGAUGACUCUCCUUUAUCGAUAUCAGAAAUUCUUGUUGAAUUCAAAGAGAGAACAAAUCCAAUCGUCGAGUAUGCCAAUGAACCAUUAUUACCACUUGUCGACGCGUGUGCUCCGUUAAAUCAUCUCAUCUACAAUUUACCCGCAUAUGCUAAACGAGCACUUGAUGAAACACCAAACGCACCGGCUGAUAGGCUGACAAUUAACGAGAGUGCUGCUAUUCGCUUGUACACUCUAGAAUGGCAACCGCCGCAUAAAAGUCUCUAUGGAAUGCUUAAUCAUGCACUAAGAAGCGAUUCUCCUGAACAUCUGCGACCAUAUUUAAAAUAUAUGAAACUAUUAUUGACAGCUUUGGUCAAAAUCCCAUGUGUUCCACAGUGCACCAUUUGGAGGGGAGUAGCAAAGGAUAUCAGCACCGAGUUUCCACCUGGUACGCCAGUGACUUGGUGGAAUUUCUCGUCAUGUACAAACUCAUUGACGGUGCUCGAAAAUAGUAUGUACUUAGGCGAUGCUGGCGAACGAACGCUGUUUUCCGUUGAAGCUAUCAAUGGACGAAUAAUACGUGCACAUUCACAUUUUGACUACGAAGAUGAAGUCCUUCUCUUACCGGGAACUCGAAUGAUAGUUCAAUCACAACUUUGUCCAGCACCUGAACUUCAUAUAAUUCAUUUGAGACAGAUUGUACCGGACGAACCAUUGCUUGCUCCACCGUUCGAAGGUGCAGAAAUCUUUCCGAAGCCUGAACCGUCAUGGUACACUAAAAAGAGAUUAAUGACUCCGCUCGGCAUCUUAGUUCUUCUAUUAUUUGGUGCCGUCAUUACUGGUGCUGUUUUGGGAUCCAAGCUUGCUAACAGAGGGUCAACCUCAGAGAAGAAACUCUGCUCCAAAGCGUAUGCAUCGGAUGCAAAGUCCUAUAAAACUGGCAACACACCAGUGUCAACAGUAUUGGGUGAUUUCAAUAAUGAUCAGCACCUUGAUCUUGCAGUAGCUGCUCAGCAGGAUAAUGAAGUGGCUGUUAUGUUUGGUAAUGGCGAAGGUGCUUUUCAAGGUCUGUUCGUUCUUCCGACUCGACAACGACCCAUCUGUGUUGCUUUACAAGAUGUAAAUCAAGAUCGGAAACUGGAUCUCAUCGUCGUCAAUGAUGGAGAUAAUACAGUCAGUGUCAUGCUCGGCGAUGGAAGCGGUUCGUUUCCAUCUCAAUUUGCUUAUCCAACUGGCUACAGGCCAUCAUCCGUAGCGAUAAGCGAUUUUAAUAAUGAUAGUAUGAUGGAUUUAGCGGUCACAAAUGCUGGUGAUAAUAGCGUCAGCAUCUUGCUCGGCAAUGCAUUCGGACGUUUUGAAACUCAACGGCUUUACUCAGUUGGCACUAAUCCACAAUCCAUCGUAUCUGCUGAUUUCAAUCAGGACGCUCGCACGGAUCUUGCGGUAGUUAAUUAUAACAAUAAUACCGUUAGUAUUUUGACAGGCAUGGGCGAUGGAGAAUUCAAUACAGAAAUAACCUAUCCUGUUGGCGCGGGUCCCUAUGCAAUAAUCUCGGAUGAUCUCGACAAGGAUGGAUAUGUAGAUUUAGCAGUAUGUAAUUAUAAGGAUUCUAGUAUCAGUGUCUUGUUUGGCAAUAAGACAGGAGGAUUUUCGGACCAGAGAGUUUAUCCAAUAAGUGGUCUGCCAACUGCAGUGACAGCGAAUGACUUUAACAAUGACUCAAAGCGUGACUUAGUCGUCACGAAUUAUAACGACAAUAGUAUCACGGUAUUUCUCGGUACUGGAAAUCGUACAUUUCAACAACUUCCGAAACUUCUCGUCGGUUCCGCACCGGCGUCGGUAACAUCCCAAGAUUUUAAUAAUGAUCAAAAACAAGAUCUUGUAGUAGUUAACUUUGGUGAGAAUUGUGUUCGUCUAUUGCUCGGAUUCGGCAAUGGAAGUUUUCUACUCUCAAAUACUUACACCGUGGGCAACUCUCCAGUGUCUAUAGCGUCGGGUUAUAUCGAUCGUGGCGCAACGGCAGAUGUGGUAGUAGCUAGUCUUAGCUCGAAUACUCUCGAUAUCCUGCUUUCCGAUGGUAAUGGAAGUCUCCUUAUGCAACCAAGAUUUUCAGCUGGAUAUCAGCCACGAUCUGUAGCAGCAGCCGAUUUUAACAAUGACAGCCUACUCGAUCUAGCAGUAGCUAGCUACGGCGAUAAUACCGUCAGUGUUCUGCUCGGUACUGGUGGUGGAAACUUUCCGACGGUUCUAACCUAUCCUGCUGGUACGAAACCAAUGUCUAUCAUAUCAGAUGAUUUUAAUGGUGAUAAUAUACGAGAUCUUAUCGUCGUUAAUAAUGGUGACAAUGAAAUUAAAUUAUUACUAGCGAACAAAGAAGGUCUAUUUGAUAAUCAGCUGACAUUUGACACUGGCAAGCAGCCUGUAGCAGCAAUUGCAGGUGACUUCAAUAGUGACACAAGGCUGGAUCUCGCUGUUGUCAACCAAGGUGACAAUACUAUAAGCGUAUUGCCUAAUUAUGAGCGUGACUAUUUUAGAACCGUAAUAACCUUAAAAGUUGGACAAACUCCUUCUUCAAUCGCAUCAGGUUAUUUUAACAAUGAUCAACGUCUUGAUUUAGCCGUGACCAACUAUAACAGCGAUACUGUCAGUAUUCUCCUCGGAAAUUCAGAUGGAACUUUUGAAUCUCAGAAAGUAUUUCAAACUGGCCGUGGACCGUCUUCCAUUGUAUCAAACGAUUUCAACAAGGACGGUUAUAUUGACCUAGCGAUAGCUAAUCAUCAUGAUAGCACCGCUCACAUUCUGUUCGGUAAUGGAAGUGGAAGUUUUGACAAAAAUGCAAUCUAUCACGUUGGCCGAUCACCCAGCUUUAUCGUUGCAUGUGAUUUUGAUAAUGAUUCGAAUCCGGAUCUCGCUAUCAGCAAUCAUGAUGACAAUACCAUCAGUAUUUUGAUUAAUGAUAAAAAUGGCACCUUUCAAAUGGAACGCACAUAUACAGUUGGUAUCCAUCCAACUUCAAUUAAAGCAGCUGAUUUCAACAAUGAUUUCAAAUGUGAUUUGGCAGUGGUGAACAAUGGUGAUAAUACUGUUAGCUUAUUACUUAAAAAUGAUAACGGAACUUUUCGAAAUCAGAUCAUUUCAACAACCGGUUCACUGCCCUUCGCUUUAACAUCGCUUUAUUUCGACAACGACUCGCGACUUGAUCUGGCCGUCGUCAAUCAAGGAGACAGUACGAUAAGUUUAUUGACAGGAAAUGGAGAUGGAACAUUCCAACCUCAAAGAAAAUAUCAAACCGGCCGACAGCCUAUCGUCGUUGUAACAAAAGAUUUGAAUAAUGAUGAUAAUCCAGAUUUAAUCGUAGCUAAUGAAGGUAGUGAUACAGUCAGCAUCUUGUUUGGUAAUCAGAACGGAGUUUUUCAACUUCAAAAUUCGUAUCCUGUCGGUAAAAGGCCAUCCUCUAUGGUCCUGGAUAAUUUCAACGAUGACCCGAUACUUGAUAUCAUUGUCACCAAUCGAGAUGACGGUACUUUUAGUGUACUUUUUGGUAAUGGAAAUGGAACGUUCCGUUCGAAUGAAAUCUAUCCUGUUGGUACCAAUCCAUCUUCGAUCGCAUCAGGCGAUUUCAAUCGAGAUGGAAGUAUCGAUAUCGCCAUUACUAAUCAAGGCAAUAAUACGCUCAGCGUAUUGAUGGGCAGUAAAAAUGGAAAUUUUACUCUUCGAAACUCAUUUCCAACACCUGACAACCCGACUUACAUAAUAUCCCGAGAUUUUAAUAAUGAUACGUUGUUAGACCUAGGCGUGACAAGUUAUAUCGAAAAUAUUAUUAGUAUAUAUCAUGGUGAUGGCUUAGGAGCAUUUCAGUUGCGUGGUAACAUGUCCGUUGGCAUCAAUCCGUCUUCAGUCGCUUCCGGCUAUUUCAAUAACGAUCAAAAAAUAGACUUGGCCGUUGUCAAUACUCUUUCCGAAUCAGUUUCUGUGUUUCUAAAUUCAUGCGAAUCGGACUGA